AUGUCCAUGCACUUGAGUCCUUCCAGAGAAGUAAUUGCUCAACACGAAGCUGAACGAUCAACCACAAAUAUUGUUUCGUUCCGAUUAAAUUUUCUCCAUUCAGGAACCAUUGGAGGCCAUCCACCAUCGAACGAGCCUGGAAAAUUCAAUAAUCCAGUGGAUGUUAAAAUCUCUCCAGAACACCAUCUUGUGCUAGUGGCAGACAGUGAAAAUAAGAGAAUACAAGCCUUUGAUCUGUUCACAAAGGAAUACAAGUACAGCAUCGAGACACCAGACAAGCCACUUUGCAUUGCAGUAGAUCAGAAAGACGAUACUUUUAUUGUGUCAUGUGAAAAUCAUGGAAUCUACAAGUAUAGCUUGCAUACUCAUGCUCUCGUUUGGUCCCUUGAAUCGUCAGAAAUAUUUGUGAAACCAAAAGGCAUUGCCGUCGAUGAAUCGAAUGGUAAUGUUUUUGUGAGCGACACUAAGGUGGUUCUAUUAACACGAGGUGGUAAAUUUAUAAGACACAUUGGAGGAGAAGGAAAGGGUCCUAUGCAAUUCAACUCUCCACAUGGCAUUGCAGUGUCCAAUCGAGACGGUUUUUUGAUUGUGUGUGAUAAUCAGAACAACCGAGUUCAAAUUAUUUCAAAGAAUGGAGAUGAUUUUAUUUACAUGUUUGGUAAAAAGGGUAUUUCGAGCUCAGACUUCCUCUAUCCAACAGGCUUAACAGUUGACAAACCUACAGGAAACAUUAUCGUUUGUGAUACAAGCAAUAAUCGUAUUCAGGUCUUCUCUCACCGUGGCGAGUUUGUCAAAUGCUUUGGGGCAAAAGGAUGUGGUCAAAAUGAGUUCCAAAACCCAACUGGUAUCUGCAUCAAUACUCGAAACGGUGAAUUAUAUGUUGCCGAUAGUUUGAAUAAUAGAAUUCAAAUUUACAAAUAA